AUGGCCAUUUCAAGCGAGAACGACUUUUACUCAAUAGAAGUAUGCGUCACUUGCGACGAAGAUUGCCUUCAUCUUUUACGAAUGCAAGAAUAUCUUCUCAUAAAAAAGAAAAUACUGCUGAGUCUUCCGAUGGAACGGCGCUGGUGGGUGAGGCCCUUGUGGAUGACUCGGGAUGUGGAAUCAGAGUUCUUCACCUCGAUGCCCUUGCUGAUGGCUGGUGACAAAGAGUAUUUUAAAAAAUACUAUCGUAUGAUACCUGAGAAGUUUGAAAAGCUACACUCGCUUGUCGAAGAACCGCUCACCUGGAUGCUGGUCACAAGAGAGUCCGUGCCAUCAAAAGCAAGGCUUGCCAAUACUAUAAGAUAUCUCGCCUCUGGAAUGUACAUUCAGGAUGUAGCCAUGGCUUUUAGAGUAGGAAUUUCCCCAGCCGCCGGUAUCAUUUAUUUCACUUGCAGGCUCCGGGGUGCACUGCAACCUAGUUGUCUUAAGAUUCCGAUGGCUCCCUGGUGGCAAGGGAUCGCAAAUGAUUUUUGCGACAAGUGGGAAUUUCCCCUUUAUGUUGGAGCGGUGGACGGGAAACAUAUCCAAAUUCAAAUGCCACCGCACUCCGGAAGGCUGUACUACAACUACAAGCUAGUGCGUGAAAAAGGCUUUCGGUGUCAUGACAUUAAGGUUUCGAAUAUUCAGGAGAAUCAUAAACCUGCUACUUGA